AUCUAUCGGUUUUUUCUCAAACUAACAUGUGUGAUUCUUUUGAUUUGUUUACCGCUUUCAGUUUGAUUCUCCUUUUGUUAUUGUUAAUUGUUUCUCUUUUUUUAUUCUUCAAUUGUGAGAAUUGAUCUUAUUAAAAUGGUUUGUUUCCGUCAACACGAUGAUCGUCAUGUCUCUCAUAAGAUUAAGCUAAUGAGAUGGAACACAUUGAUGGAUUUAAUUGCGAUCGGAAUGAAAAAUGGUGAUGUUUCUAUUCACAGGUUAGUUAAUUGGCAGAAAAUUUGGACUCUCACUUGGCCUAAUAGUUCAUCUUCGGCAACUACUUCAAAUGCUUCAACAAGUGCCCCUGGUCCAUCGGCAUCAUCCUCAGGUGUAACAACAUCUACCGAUGGUAAUCAAAGUAUUAGUGGUAAGUCAAAGAAAGAUGAAAAUGGUUCCAUUAAAUUAGAUAUUAACGCAAUGGAGUGGAGACCCGAUGGUAAAGUAUUGGCCGUAGGAUAUAAUCGUAAUGUUAAACAUAUUGGUACCAAAGAGGAGAAAGAGGUUAAUGGUUCAGAGGAAUCGUCAAUUGCUCUGGUUGAUAUUGAAAAUGGACAAGUGAUUACAAUUCUUAAUAUAACUGGUUCUCUGGUUAAUUGUAUGUGUUGGCAGGCGAAAAAUAAUUUCAUUCUCAACGAUCAGUAUAAGUUAUCUGAAGAAGGAAUCGAAGAUAUUUUAAAAGUGGCCUCACAAACCAAUUUAAAUCUAAUGGCUGUUGGUACAACUCUGGGAACAAUUCAUAUUUACAUAUUUGGAAUAUUUCUUGUUGGUGUUUUCAAUUUACAAGAUCAACUUCCAAUCUCUCAUGUAUCAUUUUCAGCUGAUCUUGGAUCUAUGAUGAUCAUAAUUGGUACUGAUAAUGUUGACCAUGCAAGUAAACUUGAUAAUUAUCAGUAUCGAUCAUUUAAAUUACCCUUUUUCAAGAAUCAUAGUGAACAAUAUUUCAUUGUCUCUCACAUUUAUGCCAAAAUAAUGUCUCUACUUUCUUACCUGGAAGAUAUUAUCGGUUCCAUUCAAGAAACAAUGGAAGACAUUUUAUUAGAAUUAGAUUCUAAAUUAACCAGUUACCUACAACCUAAAGGAUCAAAUGAAAAUGCCUCAGGAUCAUCAUCAUCAAAUUCAUCGGUUUUACGUGCAGAUGAAAUAUUAGAUCUACUUGUAAUUGGAGCUUUAUCCGAUUCAUUUGAGAAAUUUCUUCACCAAUUAACCGAUAAAGGAUUGAAAAAAUUGGGACAAUCAAUUGAAUCAACAUACUCUUCGGUACAGAAACUUGUCGUCUGUAAUGUCCAACGUGCCUGUAAACACAUUUUCUCCCAUUUAAAUGUACUUAAAGCGAUCUCAAUGUGGACCAAUGAAUUUUCCCAAUUAGGAUUUAAAACUUCGGACAUUAAUCGUGCCAUUCAUGGUGUUGCCACUUUCUAUCUUAAAGCAUUGGAACUUCAACAAGUAAUUGAUUCUUCGUGUCAAAAUUUAAAGUGUUUCUUUCGCUGGUUAUACUCGGUUACCGUUCGUAUUUGUAAUGAUUCUAUGCCUUCAUCUCAACAAGAAUCGAUCAAAGUUUCUCAACAAGAUUUACAAUAUGUGGCCGAUUUUAUUGAGGAAAAUUUUGACUGGAGAGAUGAAAGUCGCGAGGAAUCAGCGGCCGAUCCUUCAUAUUCCCCACCUCUUAAUCGACCCACCGCCACCAAUUUUACCUUAGAGCGAGUUUGUCAAUAUCUUAAAGCUGAACCAUUGGUCUAUCGAACCUUUUCAAUUAACGAUCAAUCAUUGAAUCCAUGGUUUAAAUAUCUGAAAGAAAGGCCAAUGUUAAUCAAAGAUGAACCCACUUCCGAUCUCAUCUUAUUUAAACACAAUGCUGAAACCUCACUGAUCACUGAACAUACCACGUUAAUCGGGAAAACUCAUGAUGCCUUUAAAAACCCGAGCUUCAGAUUAGAGGAAGUUUUCACUGGUGAUUAUGAACAUUUUCUAGCAUUUAAUUUAAGUUUUCCUGCCAAAGAAGCGCCUAAAGUGACCAGUGUUUCUGAUGAAGCGAAUCGCUGUUGUUACAUUGCCAUAGCAAGUAAUUCAGAGGGUGAAGGUGAUGUUUCCAUGAUUAAAUUUGCCUUCCAUGAUCCUUAUCGGGUUAAAUUUGUCAUGUUUACUGUGGUUAUCGUUGAACCAGGAACAGAAAGGGAAACAAUACCAAUCGAUAUUCAAUUUUAUUCUGAAUCAAUUCUUUCCAUGCUCUUGGUAACCAAAGAUUCUCAAUACUCGUUUCUACUUCAACUUCCACUUUCUACCAUUGAGAAAAACUUUCUCCAUCUUCUACCAGGAUGUAGCUUACAACAACUUCGCCGUGAUCAUCCCAAUUUCCGAGUCAUUGUUGAUUCAUCGAGUGAUAUUAGUAUUCGUCGUUUAGAAAAUUUUAAACCUUCUCAAUUUUCAGUCUCUGGAUCUCGAAAAGUUUGUUGUGUCUCAUCGAGAGCUAAACGACGGGUUCGAGUUUUCGAGAUGGAUGGAAACGAGGAAGAGGCCGAAGAAGCCGAAGAGGAAAGUGGGAAUUUUGAUUGAAACCCAUUACAAGAACCUUAAGAUUUUUACUAAUGAAUUGAUAGUUUAAAUAACUGUAAAUAUGCUGUUAAUAAUUUGGUGUGAUAACAUUGAAAUUAAACAGCAAUCAAAUAAAAUUAAUUUGAUUUACAAAAAUGA